AUGCGCUACCUCCGCUUCCUCAAGCCCCCCCGCAUCCUCCGCGACAAGACCACCAACACCGCCAGCGUCGCCUGUCUCGUCACCCUCGUCUCGGACCUGGGCGACUCGUUUCUUCCCCACCCUGUCCAUCUCGCCGCCGAGCUCCUGCUGUGCACCCACGACGCAGAGCAUGUCCUCGUCUGGACCUCUGUGCGCUGGGCAAGUGGCAUGCGCUCCUUGCCCAUAGCUGUCCCAUUGCCCAAGCCCCACGCACUGCCGUCUUCGCUGUUGCGCCUCAGAGUCGGCAUUGGCCCCGGAAACUCGCCCGACGAGUAUCCUGCUCUCGCAGGCCAGGAUGCGCGAGGUCUUGUAUCCGCCUGGAGCGCGCACUUUACCCUGGAUGACGACGCCCCCAAGUUGGUCCAGCGCCGCUUCAGCCUGGCACCACACUCCGAUAUGGCCAUCUGGGAGGAGACCGGAGAAAGCAUUGCAAGGCAUCUGUGGGACGCGGGCAUAACCCUGGCCUGCCAUAUACCAGACUUGGCAGACACAAAGUCGACAUUAGCAAAGGCUCUGUUGCCCUCUACAAAAGCAUCUCCCUUGACUGUCCUCGAACUGGGCACCGGCUGUGGCAUUGUCGGCAUCGCCCUCGCCCAGACAAUAUCCAAUGCCAACGUCCUCUUGACUGAUCUUCCCGAAGCCAGGGAGAUUGUCCAGCGCAACAUUGACCAGGCAUCCAGAGCACCUGGCGCCAAGCUCAGCUUCCUCGAGCUCGACUGGAAUGCCCAACUGCCUAGUGAACUGCAAUCAAAUUCGACCUCCGUCAAUCUCGUCGUCGCGGCUGAUUGUACAUACAAUCCAGAUAGCAGCCCGGCGCUAGUCAGUACCCUCUCCCGCCUAGCCAUUUCCAACCCAGCCAUUGUCGUGGCCAUCGCAAUGAAGAUGCGCCAUUCGAGCGAGCAAGUCUUCUUCCAUCUCAUGGCCCAUGCUGGUUUCAUCGAGACUGCUAAACUCGACUUUUUGCUGCCGGGCGAUAUCGAUGCGGGUGAGGAGAUUGUAUAUUUGCACGUAUAUAGCACCAGCAUGGUAAGCUGA